GAGGGGAUCAGCUGUGCCAGUCCCUGAAGGCCACACCACACUGACUGCCUGCCUGUACGCUGGCACACACAGUUCCAGGCACUGCCAACACAGAGAUAGAGCUGUGCCUCCAGCCUACCCUCGUCACCAAGUCUACUGAGCCACUCUGGAUACCACUGAUGUCUUAGUAACCGGAUGGCAAACAACCAAAUGCAGAUCAACAUUAUCCUUCGUCUUCUCUAUCGAACAUGAAGCCCUUUGCUCGGGGCUAAGAGGAGAGGGGAUUUUCCUCGUCUUGGUUUUUGUGGAAUUGGAGGGUAUUAAUUCUGCGUCUCUGUGUCUGUCGUGAGGUGACAUCUUGAGAUGCUGACAGGACACCUGGAGAAGAACAGCAGGGCUGGCUUUGGCCGGACGAAGCCGCUCAAGAUGAACAUGGUGAAGAGGAUCAUGGGUAGGCCGCGGCAGGAGGAGUGUAGCCCGCAAGACAAUGCACUUGGCCUCAUGCACCUCAGACGCCUCUUCUCAGAGCUCUGCCACCCUCCACGUCACAUGACCCAGAAGGAGCAGGAGGAGAAACUCUACAUGAUGCUGCCCGUCUUCAACAGGGUGUUUGGUAACGCUCCCCCCAGCACCAUGACAGAGAAGUUCCAGGACCUCCUCCAGUUCACUACCCAGGUGUCCCGGCUCAUGGUCACGGAGAUCAGACGGAGGGCCUCCAACAAGUCCACAGAGGCAGCCAGUAGAGCCAUCGUCCAGUUCCUGGAGGUGAACCACAGUGAAGAGGCGUCACGUGGCUGGAUGCUACUGACCACCAUCAACCUGCUAGCAUCCUCCGGACAGAAAACGGUGGACUGCAUGACCACCAUGUCGGUGCCCUCCACCCUGGUGAAGUGUCUGUAUCUGUUCUUUGACCUUCCUCACAUGGCCGAGGCCCCUGGGGCCUCACAGACCCAGACCCCAGAGCUGCCCCAGGCUGACCGCCGGGCCCUGCUGCAGAAGGUCUUCGCACAGAUCCUGGUGAAGCUGUGUAGCUUUGUCUCUCCGGCGGAGGAACUGGCCCAGAAAGACGAUCUCCAGCUACUCUUCUCUGCCAUCACGUCCUGGUGCCCCCCCCACAACCUGCCCUGGAGGAAGAGCGCCGGCCAGGUCCUCACCACCAUCUCACGACACGGACUCAGCGUCAACGUCAUCAAGUAUAUCCACGAGAAAGAGUGCCUGGCCACAUGUAUCCAGAACAUGCAGCAGUCAGAUGACCUCUCACCCCUGGAGAUCGUAGAGAUGUUUGCCGGUCUGUCCUGCUUCCUGAAGGACUCCAGCGACGUCUCCCAGACCCUGCUGGACGACUUCAGGAUGUGUCAGGGAUACACGUUCCUCUGCGACCUCAUGCUCAGAUUGGAGCAGGCCAAAGAGGAGGACAGCAGUGAUGCUCUGAAGGAUCUGGUCAACCUAGUGACGCUUCUGACCACCUAUGGCGUGACGGAUCUCAAACCGGCCGGUCUCACCACUGGAGCCCCCUUCCUCCUGCCCGGCUUCGUACUCCCACAGCCUUCUGGGAAAGGCCACACGGUGAGGAACCUCCAGUCGUUCUCCGUCCUACAGAAUGCCUUCCUGAGGGCUAAGACGUCCCGGCUGACCGGCACGCUGCUGGACGCCAUCGGCAACAUCUACGCCGCCGACCACGCCAACUACUUCAUCCUGGAGGCACAACACACACUCUCACAGUUCGCUGACAAGGUGGCCAAGCUGCCAGAUGCCCAGACAAAGUACUUUGACCUGUUGGAGUUUGUAGUGUUCAGUCUGAACUAUGUUCCCUGUAAGGAGCUGUUCAGUGUCAGCGUCCUGCUGAAGGGCUCUACGUCAUACACCUGCAGUAUCACAGCCACCAGGACUCUGUUGAAGUUGAGUCGUCAUGACGCGGUGUUCAGUGAUGUGUUGAGAGAGGUGGGGCUGCUGGAGGUGCUGGUUAACCUCCUGCAUAAAUAUGCUGCCCUGCUCAAAGACCCCGCAACGCAACAACAGACUCAGUCACAGAACAACGAACAAGGUGACUGUAAGAACAGCAGUGUAGCGGAGGAACAGAAACAGUUAGCUUGGCUGGUCAUGGAGACGCUGACUGUCCUGCUGCAAGGCUCCAACACUAACGCAGGUCUGUUCAGAGAGUUUGGAGGGGCGCGGUGUGUCCACAACAUAGUGAAGUAUGAUCAGUGCAGGGAACAUGCUCUGAUGAUCAUUCAGCAGCUGGUUCUGUCCUCCAGCGGAGAUGAUGACAUGGGAACACUACUGGGUCUGAUGCACUCUGCCUCGUCUACCGAGCUACAGCUCAAAACAGACAUACUACAGACUCUCCUGGCUGUGCUGAGAGAAAGCCAUCGCACGCGGACAGUCUUCCGGAAGGUCGGGGGCUUUGUGUAUGUGACGUCGCUACUCGUUGCCAUGGAGCGCUCUCUGUGUCAGCCGCCGUGUCACGGGUGGGAACGGGCCAAUCAGAACCAAGUGUUUGAGCUCCUCCACACCGUCUUCUGCACGUUGACCGCUGCCAUGCGCUACGAACCCGCCAACUCACACUUCUUCAGGACGGAGAUCCAGUAUGAAAAACUGGCAGACGCUGUCAGGCUGCUGGGUUGUUUCUAG